UUCCUGGGCCAGCGACCACUGCAGUCUUCACACCUACCAUCACUAUAAUACGUACCACCCUGACCAUUGCAGAGCGCCAGCCCUGACAUUCGCGAAAGCACCUCCUCCAAACAGCCCUCCAGCUUUGUCUUCAUCCUUCUCUCCUACCUCCACGAGUGCAUACAGCCUGAGCUCCCUGAACAUGGGCACUUUGCCGCGAAGCCUCUACUCCACUAGCCCACGGGGAACCAUGAUGAGGAGGAGGUUGAAAAAGAAAGACUUCAAAAGCUCACUGUCAUUAGCCUCCAGUACGGUGGGCUUGGCUGGGCAGGUUGUCCACACAGAAACCACAGAGGUUGUGCUCACAGCAGAUCCUGUCACAGGAUUUGGGAUUCAACUGCAGGGCAGUGUGUUUGCCACAGAGACCCUCUCCUCUCCACCUCUGAUUUCCUAUAUUGAAGCUGACAGCCCGGCAGAGAGAUGUGGGGUGCUACAGAUUGGAGACAGAGUGCUGGCCAUUAAUGGAAUUCCAACUGAAGACAGCACCUUUGAGGAAGCCAGUCAGCUCCUCCGAGACUCUUCAAUCACAAGCAAGGUCACACUGGAAAUUGAGUUCGAUGUUGCAG